AGCAGAUGCAAAUGGAAUCAACAGGCCAGCGGUUAUCAGCAUCUCAAGGGUUCACAACCACCGCCUCAGUAGUGCAGACUCACUUCGAUUGAACAGAGUGCCCAAACAUCUCGAAGCAACUUUCAUGUCCUACUUUGACGAUGGACACUUGCAAGCGCAGGCGAAGCGCUUGCACGAAGAUCUCCUCGUAGCCAAGGAUGCAUUGGUCGACUUGGCAGACAAUGCACAUAAUCCAACACGGAGAUGUGUUCAUCACCUUCAUGAGAAGUGGACGCAGAAACACUUUGGAGGCCAAAAUGAGUCGCCACUAACCAAAAUAAUGGAGAAGAAUGAAAAUAAUUAUUAUUUAGAAAGAAACACAGAUGUGUAUGUGACAGUAAAAGAUGGACUUUGGGCCGUGUUGGUAGUGACGCCGAUCAUGAAACGAGUGCAAAAUUUGGAUUCUGCCAAAGAAUGCUUAUUCGUAGAUUCCACGUCCAGUGUCGACGUUACCCAUUGCACUCUAACCUCCAUGACCAUUGCCUCGAAAGCUGGGGCUCUUCCUGUAUGUCUGCUCCUUCACAAUGGGCAGUCAGAGGAAAGCUACGGAUUAGCUUUUUCGCUUGUUAAACAGCACUGCCCUACAGCAUUUGGUGGAAAAGAGGAGCCUCUAGUCAUCAUGACAGAUGAUAGUGCAGCAGAGAGAGCAGCACUCACUUCUGUAUGGCCAUCAGCUCGACAGCUGUUGCGCAUUUUCCAUGUCUUGUCUAAAGAGUGGAAAUGGCUGCUUUCAAACUCUUCCAUGAACUCAAGGAAAAAACUGAUGGACCAUUGUUAUAAAGCAUUUAAUCCUGUGGCUCUUGUUGAGUUCAUUAUGGGUCCAAUGGAGUCGUAUUACAAGAGGAGGCUUCUUGAUCAUGCCCACAACAGGCACUCAGCCCACACAAUUGUCUUCCACAAAUUGCUCAGUAGGAUAGAAAAAGUGAAGCCAGAAUCAAUUAAACAAACUGAGGAGUUUGUGUUCUCUGUUCCAAGUGCACAACGAAAUGCCGGCAUAACUUCGAUGUCAUGCGGCGUAGCCUACUAUCCAGAUUUUCUCAUCCCCUUUACACCUUUCGGAUAUCAGAAGUCCACGAAGUACAAGUCACUCACACUAGAGGGUGCUUCUCUUUUGAGAAAGAAGUGGUGGCAGUCUUCGAAGAGUGGUUUUCAACAAUAA